UCAUGUGUUGAACAACUCCACAUUUGUGAACUUUCCUCCUCUUCUUCCUCCCAACUCUAAAUAACAACUAUAUAUACACACCAAAACAUAGGCACAAAACAUCAACCGUAUUUACAUAUUUAAUUAAUUUGAAAAGUUUGAUAUCGAUCUACAUCUUGAAGAUGAAUAGCUACAACCAAAAGCAGGCUGAAUCAGGAUCAUCACAGACACAGCAGCAGGCAAGUGCUUUUGUGGCACCACCACCACCAGCUGGUUAUCCAACUAGAGAUGUACAAUCCCAUUCAUCUGUUCCACUUACUACUCAAUCCAGAGGCGAUGGAUUUUGGAAAGGAUGCUGUGCCGCCUUGUGUUGCUGUUGUGUCUUGGAUGCUUGUUUCUAACAAGUGACGCCAAUUUCCCUACGAGUGUAUUUGCUUUUUAUACCUUGUAAUAAUGUUAUGUUUAUUUUUAAUUUCUUGAUGUAAAAUUUAUUUGGGAUUUCAUUAUACAUUCCUUUUGAUGUCAUUAGUUAAACAUAUGUAGUAUGUGUUUUGAAAUAUUGUUUAAUUAAUUAUUGUUCUUGGUUGUUUAGUGAUUAA